GUUCUUAAUGGGUCCUAAGCUUUCUUCUCUCUCAUUUUUCUCAUCCUCUCUCGUCUCUUUCUGCUUCCACCAUUCAUAUUCAUACACAAAUUAAUCUAUUUAAAAAUAUACAAACUAUAACUAAUUUCGAAUUUCUGUUAAAGUUUUAAGCUAUUUAAGAACCCAUAAAUGGCUGGAAUGUGCUGUGGUGUUGUUGGAGAAGGUGACUCUCCGGCGAGUUCACGUUCUUCUCGACGCCGGAAUUUAGACAUGCUACCGUUCAAAUACAUCGCUGACAUGGCUGUUUCCUCUUCCGGAACUUCACGGAAACGCCGUCAAGCGGAUCUAUCUGGUAAGAGUGAUUUCGAAAGCUGUGAAGACUCAAACGGUGACUGCGGAAACGAGAAAAGUAAGAAGAACAAGAACGAAUCCACCCAAGUUUCUGAAAACAAACCUUCAACAGAAGGUAAUUCGGAAGACGCAGAGUUUCCGAAGUUUGGAGUUACUUCAGUUUGCGGUAGAAGAAGAGACAUGGAAGAUUCCGUUUCCGUUCAAACUUCUUUCUCUGAAGAACUGUUUCACUUCUUCGGCGUUUUCGACGGUCACGGCUGCUCUCAUGUUGCGACCAUGUGUAAGGAGAGACUCCAUGAGAUUGUGAAAGAACAGAUCAACCAAUCGCAAGAGAAUUUCGAGUGGAAUAGCGCUAUGCAACAAGGCUUUGCUCGCAUGGACGACGAAGUUCAGAGAUGGAGCAGCAGCAGCCAGACUUUUAGUUGUAGGUGCGAGCUUCAAACUCCUCACUGCGACGCCGUUGGAUCUACUGCCGUGGUUGCUGUUGUCACUCCUGACAAAAUCGUCGUCUCAAACUGCGGCGAUUCUCGCGCUGUUCUCUGCCGUGGUGGCGUCGCCAUCCCUCUCUCCUCCGAUCACAAGCCGGAUCGACCUGAUGAGUUGCUCCGAGUCGAAGCUGCAGGAGGGCGCGUGAUAUUCUGGGAUGGUCCAAGAGUGCUUGGUGUACUUGCCAUGUCUAGAGCUAUAGGCGACAAUUAUCUGAAGCCGUAUGUGAUAUCUGAACCUGAAGUAACGGUAACGGAGAGAAGAGUUGAAGACGAGUGUUUGAUACUGGCCAGUGAUGGACUAUGGGAUGUUGUUUCAAACGAAACCGCAUGCGGUGUGGUGAAGAUGUGUUUGAAGUCGCAUAAGAUGCCGUCUCCGCCGGGGUCUCCGGCUAACGAAGAAGUGACUACUGAUGGUUCUGAUCGUGCAUGUUCUGAUGCGUCCAUUCUGUUGACCAAGUUGGCUUUGGCAAGACACAGUUCGGAUAAUGUUAGCGUGGUGGUGAUUGAUUUGAGGAGGGAUCAACGUGCAUCAUCAAAUUCCAACAAUUAAUUAAUUAAUUAUAAUUAAUUAAUUAAUUAAUCUAAGGGCGGUGAGAAACAAGAGAAAGAAACAACGAUGUUUUUAAGGAGUAGAGGAUGUGGAGAAAAUGGAGGGGUAUGUGGCUUUUGGUUAAUCAACGGUUCUUUCGAGUAAUGUAAUGGGGUUUUAGGUAUGUUUGAGUUAUGAUCGUUUUUUUAAAUGUAAUUGUGGGAAAAUGAACAAUUUUAGUGUAGAGAAAAUGUGUGUCAACAAAGGAAUCAAAUCGAUCCGGUUGACAUGCAUUUCUUUUGUUUAUAAUCGAAUCUUCUAUAAAUUGCUUUGUUCUUAUGAAA